AUGGACGCCUUCGUACAGCGGCUCCCACGCCCGAGAUCACAGCCUUCUUCAAGAUCUCCAACGAGACCCUCGCCGCUCGGUGAGAGGCCCGCAAAGAAGGCCAAGGUCGAAAUUCAGGACAGCGAUUGUGACGAUGAUGACAAUAUCAAGUCUGAAACCGAUGAGGCUGAUACCUCAGGCCUGACAGUCAAUGAUGUAUCUGACGCAGACGACGACGUCAAGCACCACACACGGCAGACUGACAUCGAGAGCACUUUGCCACCCAUCCAGUUGGACAAAGAGGCGAUCGAGGAAUACGAAUUGAUGAGGAGCUCUCAAGUCAGCGCCCCUGAAGACGAAACAGCCGUCGCGCCUGAACGAAAGUGGGUAAGGGGCAAGAGCUCCAUCUACGUGGAUGCGUUCAACCUCGCCUUGGAUACUGUCUUGGCAGAUGAAUCCCAUUUGUUUGACGCCAAGGAGUGUAACGUAUUCGAGCAAUGGAAAUCAUUGGGCUACGAAGCCCAGUACCUAUAUGUGCGCUUGUUCUUGCGCAAGACUUCCGCUUGGCACCGUCAAGACCGGCUGGGAUACUACAGUGAUGUUUCGGAUCCUGAAGCUGCCAUUGCGUCUCUGCAGAAAGUCAGAGGUCUUCCCGAGCCUGAUGCUCCCGCGUGUAGCAAUCCUGUCGAAGGCAUUGACCUGGAAGAGUUUAGUUUAGACGGCACUUUCACAUUUGCCGAUGCUUCUGAGGAACACAUCACGACCAUCGAAGAGGCGUCUUCAUUGCUAAGCCUAGACGAACUAAAGGAUCUUGCUAAAGAGGCCAAAUUCCAGGGACGUAACAAAGCCGACUUGGUGAAAGCGCUGUGCCGAACAGGCUAUCAGCAGACCGGGCUCUUUGCUCAUGGGCUACAACGGUCUGGCAGCGGCGAGUCCCAGACUGCUCGAGGUCUAAUGCGAGAUCGCCAUGAUACUCCACCGCUUCUCAGCAGGCAAGACUCGAACCAGACGCAACACUUUCUAGAAAAGAUCAGGAUCAUCACAGGCCCUUGCAUCAGGCUAUCGCCACUGACAUAUAAACUCUUCGAGAGGGUGCACCUGGUCUUCUAUCGGUCGACAGAAUGGACUGAGAAGUCUCUGACGGCCAUUAUUCUUGCUAGCAUCGCACGCCGGAAUUACCCAGAGUACAUUGUCUGCCGAAGUACGAACAUUUUUGCUUCUCGAAGACAUGUUCUCGAGUUCGAGUCAGCAGUUCGUGUCGAAGCCGAGGUCGAUCAGAUCCUGGAGUUCAAUGGCUCGCCGGGUGAGGCAGGUCUUCGCAAGGUUGUGGAUGUCUUUGAUCGUGUCUAUCCUCGGUGGAAAACACUUUUAAGAGAAGAGCAAGACAAGGAAAAGCGAUUAUACGAAGAAGGUGAAGGCGCCUACUUGAGAAGGUUCACCCCUGUUCAUUCCUACACGCGCAUUGUCCACAAGGCAGCAUAUGUGUUUGGGAAGUUAAAGGAUUACGAACGCGAACACUCUAUUCUCACGGAACUUCUCUACCAGCACCUGUUCCAUCCUGCUAGGCGAGGCAGUUGGUAUCAACGAAAGGCUCUCUUAGAGGAACACUACAUGUAUGCACUAGAUGCCAACGCAGUGUCUCCCGAUCCCGACAUUCAGAAGAAGCAUUGGAAACGAAUUGCAGCGACGACUUGCGAGACAGCGCUAGAGGACAAUGAGUGCCAUCUGAUCUACCAUUACGAUUUGCAGAAGCGUCUGCUCAAGCUCGAGAAACAGCUCCGCAUCCCACGACGACUUCAGCACGACUUCGGCCACGUUCGUCUCCAAAAGCCACUAGAGCAUACUGUUGAGGGCAUCCAGGUGAUCAAAGAAGACCGCCAAGGCAGAAAUGGCCGGCAAGCAAGUACGAAGACGAUUUGGGUCGAUGAACUAGAGGAAGGUGGCGAAUGCAGCGUCGAAGAGAUGUGCCUGAGUUGGUACCGAAGCAAGGGCUAUAAAGGAUACCACGCCGAGGGAGGCAUCGUUCGCACACUUUUCGCCUAUCUUUUCUACGACAUUCUGUUCCUCUACAUCCCAAAUGUAUUUCAGACAGCUUAUCAGACUUGCCCCUUGGACCUCCAUACGGAUUCGUUCUAUCCGACGCGGCUGUCCGAGAUUAAUCACCGACUAGUCGAGAUAGGCAACGGCGGUGCGGAAACCAUCAUCCGCGAGGUCGAUGCCAGAGAGCGCGAACGACGAACUUGUGUUAUCGGCCUCAAUUGGGACUACGACGUUGAGGAUCUUGUGGAGCUGGUCGGGUGCUUCGAUGGUAGCGCACUGGCCGCUCUCUGCAAGGUGAUGGCACAGGAGUACCGACAGCGGGGCGGAGGUCUGCCCGACUUGAUCCUCUGGCGGACGGAGCCGAAAAAGGAAUGUAUGUUCGCCGAGGUCAAAAGCGCCAAUGACCGUCUCAGUGACACUCAGAGACUAUGGAUCCACGUUCUCACGGGUGCAGGUGUGAAGGUUGUCCUUUGUAACGCCGUGGCCAAGGAAGUCAAAACUGUUGACUGA